AUGUCUGACUUCACGGAUGAUGAAGAUCGACAGCUUGUUCAGCUUGCACUGGUCUUCUCGCACAGUCGACGACAGAUACUGUGGGACACACUGACUCAGCAGAUGAAAGGCUCGAAGAAACCGAAGGAAGCGCUACGGCAGCGUCUGAAAACUCUCAAACGGACACACGGUCGAGAUCUUGAAACCUUCCCGGCGUGGUUCUUCAGGACGAAGUUUGCUACGGAAAUCAACCGCCGUCGUCGUGCUCACGUCUAUCGGAAGUCUGCUAUGCGCAAAAAAAACAAGCUAGCACCAACAAGAGGAAGUCAGUACAUACCGCAAGGACGUGCUCGGCGUGAAUCAGAAGCCGCACUGCAUCCGAAUGGUCUACUGUCAAUCCAAACGCCAAGGGAGUUUGCGGAAUCCUCACCGCUCGAGAUGUCGGCGUUGUUCUCAGAGUGCGCGACAGUCGAGUCGCCUGCUUCGCUACUAUUGCUCGCAUCUGUUGCAGCUUUUGAGCAUUGA